AUGUCAGCUUGGAGUGAUAAAGGGACUGUGCCACAAUCUGAUUGUUCUUUGCCUUCUCUUUUCAGGGAAUGGCAUCAUUUCCUGGUUACCAACAUGAAAGGCAACAAUGUGGGCAGUGGGACCGUGAUGUCGGAUUAUGUUGGCUCCGGGCCUCCCAAGGGAACAGGGCUGCACCGUUACGUGUGGCUGGUGUACGAGCAGCCCAAGCAGCUCGCCUGCAACGAGCCCGUCCUGUCCAACCGCUCCGGGGACAAGCGAGGCAAGUUCAAGGUGGCCGCUUUCCGCAGCAAGUACGGGCUGGGGGCGCCGGUGGCGGGCACCUGCUACCAGGCGGAGUGGGACGACUACGUGCCCAAGCUCUACGAGCAGCUGUCGGGGAAGUAGGGUGUGCAGCACCCGCGGCUCGGGCACGGCGCUGUAGUUUU